AUGAAAAUCAUGCAAAAACCCGAGCUGCGAAAAGGGCCGUGGGUGGAAGAAGAAGACGAGCUGUUAUCUAAUGCCGUGGCCGUUUUAGGAGAUAGACGAUGGGACGCAUUAGCAAAAUUAUCAGGUUUAAGGAGGAGUGGAAAGAGUUGCAGGCUGAGAUGGCUGAAUUAUUUGCGUCCGAAUUUAAAGCACGACAAAAUUUCGCCAGACGAAGAGAAGAUAAUCUCCGAACUCCACGAGAAAUGGGGUAACAAAUGGUCGAUGAUUGCAAGGAGAUUGCCGGGAAGAACAGACAACGAAAUAAAGAACUAUUGGAGAAGUCGCCUAAGGAAGAAAGGCCUUGUUGAAAAAGAAUGGAGUGCUAAUAAUAGUUCAUGGGUUUUUUCUCUAUGGGGAUGA